AUGGAGCUGCUGGCUGCGGCGCUCAGCGCCGCCUGCGCCCUGGACCGCGACGGCUCGGCGGAGAGCGCGGCCGGAGCCCGCCCGGCCGGCAGAGAAUCCCCUUCCACGGCUGGACUAGUGCUUAUCCCUGAUGAGAGCCCUGUGGUCCCAGAGUGCCCAGCUGUUCUCUCUGAAACCCUGCAAAUGAUCCACCCCAUGACAACUGACUCCUGGAAAACCCUCAUUGAACAAAUAGGGCUCUUGUAUCAGGAAUAUCGAGAUAAAUCUACGCUUCAGGAGAUUGAAACCAGACGACUGCAAGAUGCACAGACAGACCCCGAGGAGUGCUCAGCCAGUGAGGAGGUGCCAUCAGAGGCAGAACCCACAAAUACUGCAGAAAGCAGGACUCUUCCCCAAAUCAGCUUGCUCAGGAACUCCACCUCCAGGUUUAACUUGUGGCAGGAUCUUCCAGAGAUCAGGAGCAGCGGUGUCCUGAAUAUCCUUCAGCCAGAUGAGAUCAAACUGCAGGAGGCCAUGUUUGAACUGGUCACUUCUGAAGCCUCAUACUACAAGAGUCUGAAUCUGCUGGUGUCUCACUUCAUGGAGAAUGAACGUCUAAAAAAGAUCUUACAUCCAUCUGAGGCUCACAUCCUCUUCUCCAACGUCCUUGAUGUCAUGGCUGUCAGCGAACGUUUCCUCUUAGAUCUUGAGCAGCGGGUGGAAGAGAACAUUGUGAUCUCAGAUGUGUGCGACAUUGUCUACCAGCACACAGUUAAUCACUUCUCGGUGUAUGUAACCUACGUCUCCAACCAGACCUACCAGGAGAGAGCUUACAAGCAACUUCUCCAAGACAAGACAGCUUUCCGGGAGGUGAUAUCACAGUUGGAGAUGGAUCCCAAGUGCAAAGGCCUGCCCUUCUCAUCCUUUUUGAUUUUGCCAUUUCAGAGGAUCACGCGGCUCAAGCUACUGGUGCAGAAUAUUCUUAAAAAAGUGGAAGAGAAAUCCGAGAAGGAAACCACUGCCCUUGAAGCACACAAAGAACUGGAAACAGUGGUGAAGGCAUGUAACGAAGGUGUCAGGAAGAUGAGCCGAACAGAGCAGAUGAUUAGCAUCCAGAAGAAAUUAGAGUUUAAGAUCAAGUCUGUGCCCAUCAUCUCGCACUCCCGUUGGCUGUUAAAGCAAGGGGAAUUGCAGCAAAUGAAUGGCCCAAAGACAUCACGCACGCUGCGCACCAAGAAACUCUUUAGAGAAAUCUACUUGUUCCUUUUCAAUGACCUGCUGGUACUCUGCAGGCAGAUUCCUGGCGACAAAUACCAGGUAUUUGACUCAGCACCACGAGGGCUUCUCCGGGUAGAGGAGUUAGAAGAUCAGGGACAGAGUUUGGCCAAUGUCUUCAUCCUGAGGCUUCUGGAGAACACGGAUGAUCGGGAGGUCAGCUACAUGCUCAAGGCAUCAUCCCAAAGUGAGAUGAAGCGCUGGAUGAUCUCGCUGGCCCCAAAUCGGAGAACGAAGUUUGUUUCAUUCACAUCCAGGCUCUUGGAUUGCCCCCAGGUGCAGUGUGUCCAUCCAUAUGUGGCUCAGCAACCAGAUGAGCUGUCCCUGGAGCUGGCAGAUGUUCUUAACAUCCUGGACAAGACAGAUGACGGUUGGAUUUUUGGGGAGCGUCUUCAUGACCAGGAAAGGGGCUGGUUCCCCAGCUCUAUGGGGGAGGAGAUUCUGAACCCCAAGAUCCGAUCGCAGAACCUAAAAGAGUGUUUCCGGGUCCACAAGUCGGAUGACAGUCAGCGGAGGAAGCUGGGCAGCAGGAAUCGCCAAUGACCCCUGGUCUCCCCAAGCUCUGGAGCACAAGGAAUAUCUAAUGGCUUAUGGAGAGAGAUGGAGGGAGAUGCUGCAGACUGAGAGAAUGAGGUGGUGGUGCUGGUACUAUGAGCCAGGGCACAGGGCCUGGUCUUAACAUGCUGGUCACACCCACUCCUACACAAAUAGACUUUGCUCUGUUUACUGAGUUCUUCCCUCCACAUUUUGUAUUCCUCUGGAGACCAACCCAAGGAAGAGGAGAGGCCACUUUUCUAAAGCUCAUGGAACUAUUCAAUGUAAUGGAUUGCUAGUUGUGCUGCCAACUCCAAAGAGUGCCAAGUGCUCCCAUGUGCAGUGAGGAGCUACUGGACAGGACCACACCAGAGCCACCCAGGAGGUUGACCACAGCUGUAACAUACCACCUGAUCAUGUAUAAGGG